ACGAAUCGUUCGCGAGCUGCACAUCACCACACAGUAGCCUAGCUACCUGUCAGUAAAAGACAGCACUUCAGAACAGCAGCAGGCACUCGCAUCACAACAACACGGUCGUUGGCAGAGGAAUGGGGGGUAGCUAGCUAGUUAGAUUUCCGAGAAUAAGGAAAAGCUCACUACAAUCAAGAUGGUGUCGUGGAUUAUCUCCAGGAUGGUAGUCCUGGCCUUCGGGACCCUCUACCCGGCCUACUCCUCAUACAAGGCCGUCAAGACAAAGAAUGUGAAGGAAUAUGUGAAAUGGAUGAUGUACUGGAUAGUGUUUGCGUUAUUCACGACGGUGGAGACCCUCACAGACUUGUUCAUGUCCUGGUUUCCUUUCUACUUUGAGCUGAAGAUAGCCUUUGUGAUCUGGCUCCUGUCUCCGUACACUAAGGGCUCCAGUGUGCUCUACCGCAAGUUUGUCCACCCCACCCUGUCCAAUAAGGAGAAGGAGAUCGAUGAGUACAUCACCCAGGCUAAAGACCGUAGUUAUGAGACUAUGAUGAGGUUUGGGAAGAGAGGUCUGAACUUGGCUGCUACUGCCGCCGUCACCGCAGCUAGCAAGGGCCAGGGUGUGCUGUCUGACAAGCUGCGUAGUUUCAGCAUGCAGGACCUGACUCUGAUCAACGAUGGGGAGGAGAUGGGCCUGCACUCCUCUGACCCCCGCAUGAGGAGAGAUGCCUUGGAUGACAUGGCUACUGGAGCCAACACGCUGCCCCGCGCCAAGACCACACGCCAGACUCGUUCCUCAUCUGCGGCUCCUCAUCUCGAUGAAUCAUCGCAGCACAGCUCGGACCAAUCAGACACCAGGAGCAUCACCACAGAGCAUUCUGAUGAGGACAUCGUGGAGAAGGUCCCUGUGAAACGCACAGCCAGCGUCAAGGCAAACAAGAAACCCUCCACCGCCAAGACAGAGACUACGACUAAGACGGUGAAAAAGACACCAAAGAAGAAGACAACCACCACAGCUACAGCCAGCAACAACGCUGAGUCACCAUGAUAUCUGUAUCUACUGACCCCAUCUACACCUUACUGAACACCACUACAGCCAUGUAACAGGCCCUCUCUGUCUCCAGUCCCCACACACACACACACGGACCUCUGGAGUGUCACCCUCGCCGGUUAAGCACAACUCGCAGGUUUAGUUCAACUGUAGAUGGCCAGCAGGCUUAGUCCUACUGUAGAUGGCCAGCUUCAUGUCAACUCACAGGUUUAGUUCUACUGUAGAUGGCCAGCAGGUUUUGUUCUACUGUAGAUGGCCAGCUUCAUGUCAACUCACAGGUUUAGUUCUACUGUAGAUGGCCAGCAGGUUUUGUUCUACUGUAGAUGGCCAGCAGGUUUUGUUCUGCUGUAGAUGGCCAGCUUCAUGUCAACUCACAGGUUUAGUUCUACUGUAGAUGGCCAGCAGGCUUAGUUCUACUGUAGAUGGCCAGCUUCAUGUCAACUCACAGGUUUAGUUCUACUGUAGAUGGCCAGCAGGCUUAGUCCUACUGUAGAUGGCCAGCUUCAUGUCAACUCACAGGUUUAGUUCUACUGUAGAUGGCCAGCAGGCUUAGUCCUACUGUAGAUGGCCAGCUUCAUGUCAACUCACAGGUUUAGUUCUACUGUAGAUGGCCAGCUUCAUGUCAACUCACAGGUUUUGUUCUACUGUAGAUGGCCAGCAGGCUUAGUUCUACUGUAGAUGGCCAGCUUCAUGUCAACUCACAGGUUUUGUUCUACUGUAGAUGGCCAGCAGGUUUUAUUCUACUGUAGAUGGCCAGCUUCAUGUCAACUCACAGGUUUAGUUCUACUGUAGAUGGCCAGCAGGUUUUAUUCUACUGUAGAUGGCCAGCAGGUUUAGUUCUACUGUAGAUGGCCAGCUUCAUGUCAACUCACAGGUUUUGUUCUACUGUAGAUGGCCAGCAGGUUUUAUUCUACUGUAGAUGGCCAGCAGGUUUAGUUCUACUGUAGAUGGCCAGCUUCAUGUCAACAACACUUGUUUUAUUUAACCUGCUGCUUACAUAUUCUAGGUUUUAUAGUCAUUAACCUCAGUGUGUGUGUUUCAGUGAUGGCCUGUUAUCUGGACUGACAAAGAGAUGCUUCCUUCCUGCUGUACAGUUAAUCGCCCUCUGUGUUGGGCCCCUCCCAGGCCAUCCAAGGCCCCACACUAGAUUGACAUGACAUAAUCCUCUUGGGAGCAUAGGGCAUCCAUCACGAAUCUCCACCUCCCUCACUAUGCUAGGGCAUCUACCAUGGCUCUCCACCUCCCUCACUAUGCUAGGGCAUCUACCAUGGCUCUCCACCUCCCUCACUAUGCUAGGGCAUCUACCAUGGCUCUCCACCUCCCUCACUAUGCUAGGGCAUCUACCAUGGCUCUCCACCUCCCUCACUAUGCUAGGGCUUUGCCUCUUAGCAGGAGAUCCCCACUGGUUUAUUGGAGAUGCAUUCUCUAUAAACGUACGUUCCAGUCAGAGUAUGGUAACUCUAUUGGAGGGUAGCUGGGGGCUGCCAUGAAUGGAAAGGUAGACUAGUGGACUAGGCAUGUGUGAAGGAGAGAUCAGGGAGGGAAGAGAGUAGAGAGUGAUGGGCGCCAAAGGAUCAUUGUUGUUGUCCUGGCCUAACUGGCCUCUACUCAACAUGUCUGACUACAUAGACGGGGUCAUGUGAUCUCUGGAAGGCAGAGGACAUUCUGGGAGCACUUAUCUCUAACAGUGUUAAGCCGAUGCCAUGGUUACCCAUAUCAUUCACUCUACUGUAAUGGAGCAGUAGACUGAUGAACACUUGGUCACGCGCCCACAGAGAGAUGAAGAGAUCUGUUUGUUCUUUCUCUCUCUCCUCUCCCUCUGGACAGCUCUACCCUCUCACCCCGUUCAGCUCAGAACGGUCCAGCAGAAAGACACACAGCUUCAGGCAUCAUUACCUUUUCUGUGUGUGUGUGUGUGUGUGUGUGUGUGUGUGUGUAUUUUUGGAACAUGACCAAGCUUCUGUUUUUCCCCUCUCUGUUGUCCCAACUGCAUAGAGACAGAAUGACAGAGUUCUCUGACCACUUAUAAUAACGUAACCAUCCACAAGGUCUUAAACUGCAGCUCAUAGCAUAGCUAAACAGUACAGACAACCAACAGUUAAUUUAACUUUGUUAGACUUGUGCUUAGGGUUAUUUUUGUUUACACUAAAUUGACUGGCUUAUAGGAUGUAAGAGUGGCUUAGUGGUCACCAAGCUAAUGUUAAUACUCUGUUGAUACCAGGCUACAUUAUGGAACACCACUAUGGAUCCCUGUCUUGUUUCAAUGUGUUUAUAUUAUCAGAGCUGGCUGUUUCAGGGUGGUGUAGUGCCCUAUUAGGAAGACCUUCAGGUGAGCCUGGCUUAGCUAAGUCUUGGUCUGACAGGGCAAAUAUCUGAGGGAUCUACUACUAUUGUAUAAUAUAUGACUGUCACACUAGGUAUUGUAUAAUGUAUGACUGUCACUAGACUGUAUUUUGUCCUGUGUUUUCACUUCUAUUCCUGAAUGGGUUCAGCCCUUUACUCUGAGACGCUUUAUGUAUACAGGCCCAGAUCUGUGUUAUUCUAGGGUCUGGAUCAUAUCAUUGUUUCUCUGAACCAUAAGGACAGCAGCCCUGCUAGCAUAUCCUCUUAAUGUGUCAUCUCUGACUGUAGCCUCCUCAAACAUGGUGGAAACUGUCUUACCCUGUUAGAUAGGAUGCUGUGGACAAGUUAUUACAUCUUAGUUGGAUCAGUAACGCUGUCUCCCAAUAGGGUCUAAAGCUGUUAAAGGGAUGUGCUCUGCUAGUGUUUUACUUCAGAAAGACAUAGACAUUCAUCCAUCCAUAGCAUACUGGUUGGGCAGGCAGGGUACUUAGACUCUGUCAUUUCACCUAAUCAUUGCCCCUUAGAAACUAUUGCCUUGUCUGAAAUCUACCUUCAGACACUUAUUGUCAAUCUCCCCUAGGUGCUGCUGGUACUCUGGUAGGUUGCAAAGGAUUGCAUGGAUUUAGCUAAAAACGAUGUGAUAAGAACUCCACCUAGCUUCCUUGUAGGGUACGUUGAGUUUCUACCAUGUGCUUCUCUCAAAUCUAGUGUGUGUCUUGGGUUGGAACCUAAGGGGUUGAUUGUGGAUUGGGUGUGCGUUAGGGGUUGUUUUUUGUGGGACAUGCCCUUGCUUUGGGCAGGGUUUAUUUGGAGUGCUCUGUAAUUGAAUGCAUGAGACUACUGCAUUUGUGUGUUGCCACCUUCUGAAUUGUGACACUGCUUUGAACCAGUAGGGGGAGACACAACCGUUUUAAAACUACUGACGUGACAGUCAUUUUCUGGCUGUAUGAGUUUGCUUGCCUUAUCACUCUGUUCUUGAAUACAGGUUUGUUUUUUUCCCCGCUUUUUAAAACUAGAUUUUUAUUUUUUAUUUCUUUUGGAAUUUGAUCUGAAAUCUUAUUGGACAAAUCAUAUUGCAUUUCCUUAAGAGGAGGCACCUCAGCCCCUCUGUAAGGCCUUAUGCUGUGAAGAGUGCUACUUGUGUGUUUUUAAUCUCUUCUGAAUUUCUCGCUCUCUUCUAUCUCAACAAGAGGCAUUUUAAUUGGUCAGUGAUAGCCAAAUAACAGUUGAUUUCCUUGUCCCAGUCCUGCAGGACAUUGCUCAGUAGAGAAGGGGAAUUCCUCAGUCAGGUAUUCUGACAUGGUGUGUUUGGUAACUACCAAAUUGAAGUCAUGUAGUCCCAACCUGUCUGUUCUUCCCUUACUAUCAGGCUGGUUACCUUAUCCACGGCAACAUGGCAAAUCCUUUUUUCUAUUCUGAUUUGCUACAGUUUGCACUGAAGAAAAGAUGGCACACACUGUAAACACAUUCUUGCUGUCAUGGCGACAUUAUUUUAACCAGUGUUCAUAUUAUUUUGUAAUAUUUGUUGAUUUAUUGUUAUGCGUUUGGUAUCAGUGUUAUUGUGUAGAGGAACUCUCAUUGUGAGAGAAUAUUCUACAUGAAUAUAUUUUGUGCCAACUAUCAAUACUCCACUGUUAUAAAGGACAAGAUGUUUCUGUGCUGAGAUAAUGGUAUUUAACAUGGACUGAAUGACAGUCAUAUACCAAUAACAAUGCUACUAAUAAAGAAAAUAAAUCUUUA